AAGGUGUAAAAAAAAAAAUAGGAAAAAAGCAAUGUCUGUCCAUAAUGUCCUUGAUGAAUGCUUGGAAAUAAAAAUGGCUUUAUUUAACGACAUGGCAGAUUAAAUGAAGCACAAAGCUGAUGGGUAGAACGUGUUGCCAGGAUGCUGGGUCUUGUUAAACAAUAAAGAAAGCUUUAGAUACAGUAUGCUGGCUUGAGAACUGAAGUAGACAUCCAUGAUCUAGUGACGAACUAGCCAUGGCACGGAUUGACGUUGCUUGGAAAAGGGAUGUGAAUUAAUUCUGACCGUUGAUGAAAUGAAGCAAGGUAUUCUGAUGAUAAGAUAAGAAUACUGACAGAGAAUUUAAUAACGACAGUAUCUUAAUAGUACCAGUGUGACAUGCGCGCGCGCACACUCACUGGUGAGCAGGAAAGCUGUUGGGUUCAUGGUUUAUAAAGCGUACGCGUUAAUCAGGCGGAAUCUGAGCGGGAGCGCGCAUCCGAGAGCGCGCACGCGUUCAGCACCAAGGACAGCGGAGAUCGCGGCGAGCCUCAGGUCACCAGACCAGAAUGGAGCCACGCCAAAAGCAGGGAAAGAGGAGAUUCUUUUAAAAAAAAAGGGGGGGAGAGAGAGAAUAAACUUAAAGCGAAUAAACCAACGCUCUGGACUUCAUAUAUCAUAUAUAUUCUUUAUUGCUUUAUUUUAUAAAAAGGAGAAUGAAUCUUUGAGGGAAAUAUCAACAGGAGCAUCACCAUUCCAAGGCGCAUUUUUUUCUCCAUCUCCAUCAGCGUUUUCUCAUCAUCAAGAAGAGACCGAGAAAACACACACAUACCUAAACAGCUCAGAUAAAUGUCAUCGCAUUCCUGUGCUUCACAAGUUCUGCUUCACUAGGAACCCGCGUUUCUUAGGCUGCCUCAUCGACGGACCCUCUGCAUGACAACUCGCUGAUCCGCGCGGAUCCAGAGGCAGGCAAACAUGCGUCUGGUUCUCUUCGCUUUCCUCGUGUCCUGCUCGUGUGCGCGGGGCGGCUGCGAGCCCAAGAUCGUCAACAUCGGCGCCGUGUUGAGCCAGAAGCGGUACGAACAGGUGUUCAAGGACGCGGUGACCCAGGCCAACAAUAUCUACGGCAAAGACAAGUUCAAGAUGAACGCGAUCUCCGUCACGCACAAGCCCAACGCCAUUCAGAUGGCACUGUCCGUGUGUGAGGAUCUCAUCUCAAACCAGGUCUAUGCCAUUUUGGUGAGUCAUCCUCCCCAGUCCAAUGACCAUCUAACCCCGACACCAGUGUCCUACACAGCUGGAUUCUAUCGCAUACCUGUAGUGGGACUGACCACCCGCAUGUCCAUCUACUCAGACAAGAGCAUCCACCUGUCGUUCUUGCGCACGGUCCCUCCUUACUCCCACCAGGCCCAGGUGUGGUUCGACAUGAUGCGCGAGUUCCGCUGGAAUCACAUCAUCCUGAUCGUGAGCGAUGACCACGAGGGACGUGCGGCUCAGAAGAGGCUGGAGACGCUCCUGGAGGAGAGGGAGACGAAGAGUAAAAACAGGAACUAUGAAAACCUCGACCAACUGUCCUAUGACAACAAGCGAGGACCCAAGGCAGAGAAAGUGCUCUUGUUCAGCCAAGACACAAAUCUGACUGCACUGCUCCAGGAGGCCAAAGAGCUGGAGGCAAGAGUCAUCAUCCUAUCUGCCAGCGAGGACGAAGCAGCGGCCAUUUACAAAGCAGCCCGCCAGCUGAAUAUGACCGGCUCUGGUUACGUGUGGCUGGUGGGAGAAAGGGAGAUGUCUGGUAAAGCUCUAAGUGAAGCUCCAGAUGGCUUGCUCGGCCUCCAGCUGAUCAACGGCAAGAACGAGUCGGCGCACAUCUACGACGCCGUGGCCGUGGUGGCCCAGUCCAUCCAGGAGCUCUUUGAGAAGGAAAACAUCACCGAGCCUCCCAAAGGCUGCGUGGGCAACACCAACAUCUGGAAGACCGGCCCACUCUUCAAACGAGUACUGAUGUCAUCCAAGUAUCCAGAUGGCCUCACAGGCCGCGUGGAGUUUAACGACGAUGGAGACAGGAGGUUCGCCCACUACAGCAUCCUCAACUACCAGAAGACCCGCUUGGUCCAAGUGGGCGUCUAUAACGGCUCCCAAGUCAUGAUGAACACGCAGAGGAAGAUCAUUUGGCCAGGAGGAGACACUGAGAAACCAAGAGGCUAUCAGAUGUCAACAAGAUUGAAGAUUGUGACCAUUCAUCAAGAGCCGUUUGUGUACGUGAAGCCGACGCUGAGAGACGGGACUUGUAAAGAAGAGCACACUGUGAACGGAGUGCUGAUCAAAAAAGUCAUCUGUACCGGGCCCAAUGAGACAAUUCCUGGUCGUCCCAUAGUGCCUCAGUGCUGCUAUGGAUUCUGCAUCGACCUCUUGAUCAAGCUCGCAAUGACGAUGAACUUCACCUACGAAGUGCACCUUGUGGCUGAUGGGAAAUUUGGCACUCAGGAGCGUGUGAACAACAGCAAUAAGAAGGAGUGGAACGGCAUGAUGGGAGAGCUGCUGGGUGGCCUGGCAGACAUGAUUGUGGCUCCACUUACCAUCAAUAAUGAGCGAGCCCAGUACAUCGAGUUCUCCAAGCCAUUUAAGUACCAGGGGCUCACCAUCCUUGUCAAAAAGGAAAUACCUCGCAGUACGCUGGACUCGUUCAUGCAGCCCUUUCAGAGCACUCUAUGGUUACUGGUGGGUCUUUCGGUCCAUGUUGUGGCGGUGAUGCUCUACCUAUUAGACCGUUUCAGCCCAUUUGGAAGGUUUAAAGUGAAUAGUGAAGAGGAAGAAGAAGACGCCCUCACCUUAUCCUCUGCCAUGUGGUUCUCUUGGGGGGUACUUCUGAACUCCGGUAUUGGAGAAGGUGCCCCACGGAGCUUUUCGGCGAGGAUUUUAGGUAUGGUGUGGGCUGGUUUUGCUAUGAUUAUAGUUGCAUCUUAUACUGCCAAUUUGGCAGCCUUCCUAGUGCUGGAUCGGCCUGAGGAGCGCAUUACCGGCAUCAACGACCCUAGGCUGCGAAACCCAUCAGAUAAAUUCAUCUACGCCACGGUGAAGCAGAGCUCUGUGGACAUUUACUUCCGGCGUCAAGUUGAGCUGAGCACCAUGUACCGCCACAUGGAAAAGCACAACUACGAGAGCGCCGCUGAGGCCAUCCAGGCUGUGCGAGACGGCAAACUCCAUGCUUUUAUCUGGGAUUCAGCCGUGUUGGAGUUUGAAGCCUCGCAGAAGUGCGACCUGGUCACCACGGGAGAGUUGUUCUUCCGCUCCGGCUUCGGCAUCGGCAUGCGUAAAGACAGUCCUUGGAAGCAGAAUGUUUCCCUGGCUAUUCUCAGCUCUCAUGAGAAUGGCUUCAUGGAAGACCUGGAUAAAACUUGGGUGAGGUACCAGGAGUGUGACUCCAGGAGCAAUGCCCCAGCCACGCUAACCUUUGAGAAUAUGGCAGGCGUGUUUAUGCUGGUGGCCGGCGGCAUCGUCGCCGGGAUCUUCCUCAUCUUCAUCGAGAUUGCGUACAAGCGACACAAAGAUGCUCGCAGGAAGCAGAUGCAGUUGGCCUUCGCAGCGGUUAACGUCUGGAGGAAGAACCUACAGGAUAGGAAAAGUGGUAGAGCAGAGCCCGACUCCAAAAAGAAAGCCUCUUUUAGGUCCAUCAGUACCAACCUGGCCUCCAACAUCAAGAGACGUAGGUCCUCCAAAGACACGCCAUAUCCCACGGACAUCACCGGCCAGCUCAACCUGUCUGACCCUUCCGUCAGCACGGUGGUGUGAACGCAGACAAGAGAGCACUAAAAAAAAAGGGGGGAGCUAGACAUAAUGAGAGCGCGACGGAGAGACUAGAAACGGAGGAGAUGGUUGGCGGGGGCUGAGUGAAAUUGUGCCAGACCUGCUGAUCCCUUUCUAUCAACAACGUCAACGUCUGAGCCAACAACAUGCUCAUUUGAACAAAAAUAAACCCCAAAACUCACACACACACACACACACACCUCCAUCCUCCUCCUCCUCCUCCCCAGGCCUCUGUGAACAUGCCCAGGACACAACUGUGACACAUGAAAGAAACUGCCAAAAAAAAUAAAAAAGCCCUAGGAGCUGAAAAGUACUGCCGCAAUAUGCCCUGACAUUCCCCACACACGGAACCAGCGAGCUUCACUUUCCCACACUUUCUCCACUCAUGAAGCAUGCUCAAAGCUCUAAAGUUAUUCGGAAAGUCCGUUCUAUUUCUCUUAGGUUCGCCUCGUCAUAUUUACAUUUCAUUCCUUCAGUGGUCGCUCUACCUCCACUUCUCUGCAUCUUUAAAAUAUAUGUAGCUGAUUUAAGACACUAAAUUUGUUUCAUGUAUCAUUCGCAAGGACAUGGUUUUUUUUUUGUAUAUUGUAUAUUGCCGAUGUAAAAAAUAUACCUCUGAUUGCUAUUUGUAUUGUUAUUAGACUAGGCAAUAGAUUAACUGGUACAUGUAGAGUAGAUGAAAAGGAUAAAUCCACCCUGAAGAUUUGUGUACAAAGAUGUCUUUUUUCCUAGACUUGAUCGUAACUUUCCCUUUUUUUUGGUUUCCUAGAAUACACACAAUGCAGUUUGACGACCAGCUAACAGGAAACCCGUGGGAUUUCACCCUUGUUUCAAAUGUAUCUAAAGGGAGCGAUGCAGCGGAGCUUUAGUACUUUAGCUUUAGCACGCUCACUAGUUCAUCUAUACACUGGGUUCAGCUUUCAUGCUAACGCACGCUGAGACGUGAUCGUAUAGAUCGCUAACUAUAUCUAUGUUUGUAUCAGUAUAUCAGUGAUAGAAUCAUUUUUUAUUAUUUUCAAAUCAGUCAGAAAAGAAGUGCUCGCUCUCUUUGCCUUUUCAGCUAACCCUAACCUAGCAUUCGACUUGCUAUAGAUGGCAAAUAUUUUGAUCUAAACAUCAGAUAUGUUUCAGGGUGGAGCUUUCCUUUAUGCACUACUGUAAAUAAUGCUGUAGGUAUUAUUCAGGUCCUCGAGGUCCAUCUUUCUGAAUCACGUCACUCUCUCCAUUGCCUUCUCCAAAACGACAAUUUCGCCGACAUGAUCUGGAUCUGUUAAGCCAACAAAACUGUGGAUCGAUUUCUUUAUUUUCCAGGUUUUUUUUCCUACGUCAUUUAUUAACAAUAAGUCAAGUUGAGAUCGAGUCACGUGCAACAUGUAGCAUUUUUUUAAAAUAAGCUUUGCGACUCGAAAUGAAAGGGACCCCGAGAAACAAGUGGCUACUAACACGGCUAUUAUUACAGGAUGUUUUGAGCGGAUAGCUUUUAAUAUUUAAUUCUGCUUGAAACGCUCUGUAAUAAUCGCUGUAGCCGUUGUCUGACGUGCUUCUUUUACCCGAAAGGGGUCCCUUUCGCAUUUACGAACACGGAUCGUGUGUUGAUGUAAUCGGUGUCGUAUUUUGGUUGUUUAUCGAUAUAAAUGGCAAUGGAAGUGAUAUUACAUCUCUACGUUCUUUUAAUCUGCUUCGGCUUUUGUUUCCUGGGCUCGACGACGGGACGAUCGUUUGUAUUUUGUGGCUAGUACUCAUACACACGGUGAACGGUAGUAACGCUAGGACACCGUAUAGCACUUUCUGUCUUCGAAACAAUCUUUCCGAGGGCUUUGUUGUGCGAAAAUCUAUUUUGUAAGCUGGGAAUAUGACAUAAAGUGUUCAGUUUAUUUACUUUAUUUAUUUCUAUAUUCGCUCCGAGGUUCUCUGAGCGUACGGUAGAGACUGUAUCGGGUGGGACGCUCCUUUGUACGCUGCUUGUACUUGUAAAAAUCCCUGCGAUGCUUCAAGCGUUCGAGUUGAUUUUGUUGAAAUGAACUUCGAGCGAUGGAUAAAUCUGCUUUUCUGACGAUAUUUAUUUAUUUAUUUAUUUAUUUCCGCCGUAGGAGAAAUCCUCAAGGAUGCCCUACAGAUUUAAGGGAUAACGUGCUAAUAUUAAAAAAUAAUAAUAAAAAAAAAUCGAUGUAACCCGUUCAAUCUGACACAAGCAUUGUGAUUUUGUGUAUCUCUAGAUCCCUAGACGAUUUUAAUAUAGAUACAUCCAGGUCUCGUUGUUUUUUUUUAAUCACCAAAUGUGCUUUUGAAGGCCAGUCCUACUCUGUGAGAUGAUUAAAAAAUGAAUAAAUGUUCAAAACUUAUACUCUCAUGUGCCAAUAAAAAAUAUAUAAGAUGCAAAA